ACCGGGCGCCCCGGCCGAGGAGAGCGAGAAGGCAGCCCUCCCGCAGCCGAGGCGGCGUCGAGGCCCCGGGCAGAAAGAAUCAAGAUAAAGCCGUGCCAGUUCUCAGCAAGGAUCAAGGACGAAUUUUUUUCUCUUUAAAAAGAGCCCUUCAAGUUGAAGAUGAAAAGCAACGAGUGGAGUUGCUUGUUCCUCACUGACAGAGUAAAGGAUGCAGCGCUCCACGGUUCCGUGUAAUGGACCCUUUGUUGUAAAAUUCACCGCUUGACAUGCACCCAACAGGGAACAUGGAUGCUGGGUUUUCUCGUUCUGCUGCUCAGACACUCUCGAGAAGUCACUGUAAAAACAUCAAACAGAAAAUCUCUCAGUGGGAAGGAAGGACAAACGGGAAAUCUAAUCCAGAAGAGUGGCACCCAAAGGACUUUGGAGUGAAAUACAACCAGCACCAGGACAUCCUUCCCAAGAAAAGACUUGUUGCUCAGGGGAGAAGUCGAGAUUUGGAUGUAAGCAGCUCUCAGAAGGUGGGUCUGGAUCUGCGGGAAGAUGCCAAAAGCCGUGAGCAAAGUGAGGAUGAAAGCGAAAAUUCUAAACACAGUGAUGCAGGUCUCUGUGGAAAUGGCUCAGGCACGGCAUGGGAGUGCUCUCGGGCCGGACGCAUCGAAAACUGGAAAGAAGUUGUGUUGGACCCAGAGACGUCAUUACCCCCAGGGAACUUCUAUACCUCACAAAUACUGUGGAAGAAAAUUGAAGCCCUUCCCCCAGAUAAAGUCUUAAACUUGGCUUUACGAAAUUGUGACUCUUCAGAAAAACUGGAUUUCAGCGCUCUGGAUAGUUCCUGUGGAGAAACUAAGAGUUUAGAGAAUAUUUACUCUGAACCCGAGGGGCAAGAAUGCGGACCAUCUAUAAAUCCUUUGCCAAAACCUCGCAGGACAUUCAGAUACUUAUCUGAAUCUGGCGUUAUGGCAUAUAAAGAAAGAAACUGUGACAGAAAACACUGUGAAAAUAAUUCUCACGCAGCAUCUAUUGCCCCUUCUCAGGAAUCUGAACCAAAGAAAUAUGGUGGAAAAAUCAGAGGGAGAUCUAAAAGGAAAUCCUUUGAAUUCGAGGAUAUUCAGCACUUUCGAAAUCGGAAUGCACAGAAGAUUCAUGAAGAACUUGGAAGAAAUUCUGGUCCAGCACUUUAUCACACUCAGUCUGAGGACAAUAUCUAUGAGGAUAUCUUGUAUCCAGCCAAAGAAAAUCCAUAUGAAGAUAUUCCAAUACAGCCCUUACCCAUGUGGAGAUCCCCUUCAGCAUGGAAGCUGCCGCCCCCUAAAAACACUUUCAAAACACCCAAGCUUCCUCCCAAACCUCAGUUCUUUCUCCGGAAAACAAUGGAACUGAAGAACUCACAAGCUUAUUUACGGUCGAAGCUUACAAAGGAUGCCACUUUGCCCGUCACUUUAACUGAAUGGAAGCUAUUCCGAGCUGGAGAAGUUGCCAACCGGAAAAGGAAAAACCUGCCAAGGUAUGUGUUGAAAAUAGAAGACGUAUUUGAAUCUAAGCGAGGAAAGAAGAAGAUAAAGUUACACCCUUACACUGGGAAAGAGUUGCCGCCCUCAAAAGGUGAAACCAGUGGGAACGAAAGUGAUGCCGAGUAUCUGCCAAAGAAUCGCCACAAGCGCUUAGCACAACUGCAGCAGGCUUCCAAGAGGAAUCCUCACUACCAGACCCUGGAGCGGGACCUCAUUGAAUUACAGGAACAGCAGCUGUUUGAGCUUUUUGUGGUGGUGUCACUACAGAAGACGCCUUCAGAAAAGAGCUAUGUUCCCCAGGUCAUACAGCAGUUCCCUAGCAAGGGUGAUCAUGGUUUUAAGCAAUCCAAGGAUACCGAAGAGAGGCUUAAAGUUAUCCCAAAAUUUUGUUUUCCUGAUUCAAAGGAUUGGAUGCCAACCUCAGAACUCAAGAGUGAAACUUUCUCCUUCGUCUUGACUGGUGAAGAUGGGAGCCGGUGGUUUGGAUACUGUAAGAAGCUCUUGCCUGAAGGCAAAGGAAAACGACUCCCUGAGGUAUACUGCAUGGUUAGUCGCCUGGGCUGCUUCAACCUGUUUUCAAAGAUUCUGGAUGAAGUAGAAAAGAGAAGAGAAAUGUCUCCAGCCCUGGUUCACCCAUUCAUGCGAAGUGUCAUGGAAGCCCCUUUCCCAGCUCCUGGACGCACCAUCACAGUUAAAAGCUACCUCCCGGGGGCAGGAGAUGGGUCAAUUGAACUCUGCCGACCGCUGGAUUCACGAUUGGAACAUGUUGAUUUCGAAUGUCUCUUUAAGUGCCUAAGUGUGUGCCAUCUCAUCCGGGUCUGUGCCUCUCUUCUUCUGGAGCGGCGAGUCAUCUUUGUGGCCAACAGCCUAAGCACCUUGUCAAAAUGCGGUCAUGCCGUGGUAGCCACCCUGUAUCCGUUCACCUGGCAGCACACCUACAUCCCCGUCCUGCCGGUGUCCAUGAUCGACAUUGUGUGCUCCCCAACGCCAUUCCUGAUUGGAAUCCUGUCUUGCUCCUUACCACAGCUUCACGACCUACCCAUCGAAGAGGUGCUGAUAGUUGAUCUCUGUGCAGACAAGUUCCUACAGGAGAUAUCUGAUGAAGAAGAAAUUCUACCACCUAAACUCCAAGCUGCCCUGAUGCAAAUUCUGGAAGAACGAAAUGAAAUCUUGACUCAGGAGCAGAAUUUUUCACAAGAUGUGACGCUCAACUCACUAGUGUCAGAAGCAUUUGUCAGGUUUUUUGUGGAGCUGGUGGGACAUUAUUCUUUGAGCAUGACAGUCACUGAGCGUGGGGAGCGCAUCUUCCAAAGGGAGCCGUUCCGUAAGUCCCACACCUCCCGAAGCGUGCGCCACUUCCUGGAUCUCUUCAUGGAGACUCAGAUGUUUGCAGGAUUCAUCCAGGACCGAGAGCUUCGGAAAAGUGGGGUGAAAGGUUUGUUUGAGGUCCGGGCUAUUCAGUAUUUGGAAACCAUUCCUGAGUCUGAGCCCAGUGGGAUGAAUAGAAUUUUGCGGAGCCUUGGAAAUAAAAUGAAAUUUCUCCAGAAGAAAUGAAGUUUUGACUGACAGUCUCUGCCCUAAAUCAAACAAAAUGUGCCAAAGAAAAUGUUUCCAAGAGUUAGUAUGCCUUGACGUAUUCCACACACUCUUUGAAGUUUACGUUUCAAGUGGGUCAGCUCUCAGAGGAUGCCCCUGUUGCUGCUGCGGUCAUCACUGGAGAAUUGUUGGGAGGAGUUUAGAACCAGUGCUGUCUCCACUCUGCCUUCAUUGUUUGUAUUUCUUUAAGUGGCCUUUGCUGUAUGACAUUCAGGCCCAUUGUAUGUUUGUGCUACAUCUGUGAAGGCACUUGUCUUCAGAGGAAACUUCGUGGUGGGACAUUUUCAAAAGAGCUCUAAGAUCAGGGUGCUAAGGAGGCGUGACCGAAAUGGAGAACACUAGCCCCACACAUACUUCUCCUCCCUGAAAUAUCACGGCAGCUUGAACUGCAUGGGCUCUUGGUGGCAGCUGCUUGGGAGGAUGGGUGUUGAGUACUUUAUAGAAAUAGGUGUCGCUCCUCUUCCACCAUAUGUCACAGUUGGGCAGCAUGUCCCUCACAGGCCAACAUUAAACUUUGUGGAACAACAGUUGCUAGGAAAAUGUCCUUUCAACAUCAUGGGAACUACCAUUUCUUUUCAUUAUCUGCCAUAUGCAGUGCAGUGUAUGUAUGUUAUAUUACUCAAUCCUUACGUCAACUUUAGGAGAUAUUCACCUCUUCAUUUUCCUAAUAAACUGGAAUUCACAGAGGUAAAUUACCUGCCCAAAGUUAUACAAAAGAGUCAGUAUUGAUGCCCAGGACUGUUAUUUUAUGUGCACAAAGUUGGUUAGUCCUGCAGGUAGAUAUUUGAGCUCUGUGAGAGUUAGCUAUUGAAAGUUUCAUGUUAAGCUUAAGGAUACCAGAGAGACCCCUCCCACCCCACAAGCCCUGAGAAUAAGGUAUUUCAAACUCUAAUGUCUAAGACAACACUUGUCAUUGGUACCCCUAGAAUUGUGGACUUUUUGCUCAAAUUAAAUGGGACUCGGAAUUAUAGGAAAUGCCUAAGGACACACCACUUAAUCACCCAUAUCCUUAAUAUAUAAACUAGUAUUAGUCAUUGCAAAAAGGAAUUUGUUAAUGAUGGUGCAGUUUUCAUUGAUAAAUGUUACAGAAAAUGUUGGUGUGUUUUAUUCAACCCCUGCUAAUGGUUUUAAAUAGCAUUAAAAAAGUAUUCAACCUCAGUCCUGCAAAGGUGUAGUGUGCGACACUUUAAUGACUUGUACAGUAUUGUCGGAAUAACGCUUUCAGGUGUGCUUGGAAUAUGAAGCAGACACUUGGUAAGGAGUGGUGCUGUGUAAUAUAAUUCCAACAGAUAUGGGUCCAGGGAAUAGAACUGAACACGUCUUAUUAAAACUGUUUAUAAUCUGGCUCAUCUCAGUGGGGCACCUACUAGAUACGGUCCCAAUGGUUUCCUGUAACACUCCACCCUGGGGGGCCAAAUGAGUUCUAAUUGGGGGAAGGGGUGUCUGUAACAUGGAGGGAAGAGGGCUUGCCGUGGCGCACUCCUUGCCACCCCUCUGUGGGGAGGCCUUUGUUACAGGAUGGGGCCUUUAUCCCUGUGCUUCAGCUGCUUCCCUGGAUUUGCUGUAUUUUGUUUUUGUAAAGUGUUAUGAAUUCUGGACAUGUUUGUAAGAUAAUUGCUCAAGAUUUGUAUAAAAUGUUGUUUAUAGAUCUUUUAAAGAAUAAACACAUAAAAAUCCCA